AUAUUUAUAAGGAGAAGCCUGACACCUGACACUAGCACAAAGCACCCCGAGCUACCAGGAGACAAAUCGUGGCUUGCACAGAAAUUGGUAUCAGUAUAUCAGCCUGCUAACACCGCAGUAAUGGGUCUCCCACCAGCAGCAUGGAAAAAUGAAGAACUUUCCUAUAAAAGAUUUGGCUCUUCGCCAACAGAGAUGUCCACAGACAUUGGCCUACGACAGAAUUGGCUUUUAGCUAACCAGGUUCUUUACCCAACACCUCCCUAUGCAUCACUGAGGGAGAACAUAGCCAAAGUUUUCAUAGUUCCUGUUAGGAAACGGAGAUUCUUGGAUAUGAUAAAGAAGUUUGAUCUAAAUGAUCUCAGUUAUGUGUAUUUUUCUACCAGUGACAACGAGCAUGAAUUUAUUGGCACUAACACGCCAACUCCUAUUAUGGAUAUUUUCCAGAAGUCAUGUGUUGUGGAAAAUGGCACGCUUUGGGCAAAAUCAUUGCAAGGCCAAAAUGUGAACUUAAAAGCAAAAUUUAUCAUUGGCAUUGGCAAUUUAGCACAAGGAGAGAAGACCCCUGUUAGUUUAAACAUCUAUAACACAAACCUAUAUCUCUCUUACCAAUCUGGCAAACUUCAAGUACAGCCAGAGACUCAAAACGCCAUUAAUUACACCAGCCCGGAUGCCCAGAAGUUUUUUUUCUUCGUUACACAAACUGGUUCUGUAACCUAUUCAUUUGAGCCGGUUACGGCCCCAAAUUGGUUCCUCAGCACUAGCUCUCAAGGAAACUCGCCUGUUACGGUUCAGCCGCUCUCUGCCAAUUCCUAUAAUAAAGAAUUCAAGUUUGACCCAGGAUAUUUUAUUCCUGGUGUUUCUGGGAGCGUUAGUAGGUUUGAUAGACCUUUACAAGAACAGGAAACGUUUGGUGACGUUGACCAGUAUGUUCUGAAUGGAUCCAAAGAGAUGUUUAGUCCGUAUACGUUGUCUUUGAGGCCAGCUGGAGACGUGGCAAACAGAAGUUAUUUUCUGCAAAAUGAGAACUUUCCCAAAAAGCAAUUGAGAAACAGCAGAGGAAUACAAUAUAGAACAACCUAUUCGAUAAGCCGCGUGGCCAACUGGAACCAACCUUGCGGUUCACCGAGACAUCCGGUUGCCAGAUAUGAACUAUUUCCACAUCAGUUUUAAAAAAAAAAAUGUAAAUUAUAGGUUCCCAUUAAAGAAUUAUUUUCAAUGCCUUCUUUGUAAUAAGUUUUGUAUUAUA